AAAAAAAAGGGGUCAAUAAAUAUAUAAACAGAGGGCUUUUUUCGCAUUUUGUUCAAAAAUAAUCUUUAUCUCUCUUAAACAUGACUCCAUCUCUCAGUAUCGCACUUCCUUCUAUUCAUCGUAUUACAAAGCGAGAAAAUAAGGUGAUUAGUAAACCACAAACCACUCAACCUCAGACAGCAUGCCAAUUUACCAACAAGACUCGUCAUCAUGUGCGCACCACCUCCGUACCUUCAGUUUUACCCAGUUUUAAAAUUCAAAAAGACACUAGUAAAUUAUCAAUGGAUAUUUUGUUGGAUGCUAUUGAUCUUGACCAGCAAAUGCGUCAAUUCUUUAGAACAGAGGUUGUCAAAUCAAAGACCAGAAUCAGUACAUUUAAACCUUCUCAGGUCAUGAUGGCAAGACGUCGUUCCAAAUCAGCACCUGGUGCCCCACCAUCCUAUCACCAUCAACGUGCUUUUAGUGCUCGUUGGACAACACCAAACCAAACCGUUACUUCAGAUUCACAAGCACAAGAAGUAGCAAAAUUGAUUGUUCAACAACAUUUCGAAGCUGUCAAAAAGAGAUAAAUAGCAUUGCUGUCUAUCCAUCUUUUUAUAUAUAUAUAUAUUAUAAUCAUUCCAUUCAUUUAUAUUAACAUACACUCAUUCCUUGUAAUUUGUUAUAUUAUCUCAUGAAAACCUCUUUUUUUCUUUCUUUCUUUUUUCUCUCUCUUUCUAUACAAGUAUUAUCCCCAAACAUAGUAGUCGUCACUCCUAUCAAAUAAAC